UUAUGGGUUAAACACAGAUUCAUUCUACUUAGUUUACUUCUUUUAUAAUCUCAACAUCACUAUUUAUUUCAUUCACAAAUCCAUGCCUAUAACUUCGUAGGUAAUCGAGUUUUCUUUUAACUCUGAAUUGGUUGAAUUGAGAUUUAGGAGAAUUGAAUAGAACUCCCACUGAAAUUGAUAUUUUUUUUUUUAAUUCUAGUAUCUAAAAGUGGCAUUUAGAGGUGAAUUAGUGUAAUAAUAAUAGCAGUAUUUUUUUAUUUUUUUUUUUGUAAAUUAUAAUUAUGAUAAAUACAGUGUAAGUGCUUGGUAGAAUUUACUUGGCUCAAAAUAGAAUGUAGUUGAAAAAUCGGAACUUGAAAUGAAAGAAUCAGAGUUUUUGGUGUAAAUUGUUGUUGACAUGUUUAGGGGGAAUGUAUAAGUUGUCAAAUGUUGACUCAUACUGAAGUGAAUCGAUCGAUUUGUUAACUGUUAGCUCAGUGGUAAGAAUUUCAUCUUGUAACUUAAAGAAACAAACUUUAAAUCAGCUCAGGAUAGUUUUAAUUAAUAACAAUGUUGUUUAAUUAAUGAUUUGGAUUUAUUAUGUAUUUUUGGAUAAGUAGAGUUGGUAAUACUUAAAUAUAAAUAUAUUGUGUUCAUGUUGUGUGCAUGUUUAGUGGGCAAGUAGAAAUUUCAAAUAGAGAAAUAAAACAAAUUCUAGAAAAGACAGUUGCUACAUCUAGGAAAGAUUGGUCUUACAAACUCCCAGAGGCUUUGUGGGCCUAUAGGACAGCUUAUAAAACCCCGAUAGAAACCACACCGUUUAAACUAAUUUACGGAAAAUCGUGCCAUUUACCUGUAGAACUUGAACACAAAGCCUUUUGGGCAAUCAAGGCAUUAAAUAUGGACUAUAAAGCAGCUGGAGAUAAACGUCUUCUCAAAUUACACGAACUCGAAGAGCUUAGGUUGAAUGCUUAUGAAAAUGCUCAAAUUUAUAAAGAUAGGACUAAGAAAUGGCAUGAGAGGCGCAUACAUAGGAGAGAAUUCAAAGAAGGAGAACUCGUGCUCCUCUUUAACUCUAGAUUAAGAUUAUUUCCCGGAAAACUCCGUUCCCGAUGGCCAGGACCAUUUGAAGUCACUAGAGUUUUCCAAAGUGGCGCAAUAGAAAUAAAGAGCCAAUCUAAUGAAACAUUCACAGUCAAUGGGCAACGUCUAAAACAUUACUAUUACCCAAGCGAUGGAGAUUAUUAUUCUAGCCCUAACUUUGUCGAGCUACCGACGUUGAAUGAAGCGCUGCAUGGGAGGCAACCCAUGAUUUUUUUUUUCUUUUUCUUUUCAUAUAUUUUAUUAUUUAUAUUUUAUUUUUCAUAUUUUAUUAUAUUUUAUAUUUUUAUAAUAAAAAAAACUAUAACUGAAAUUUGCUUGAUCGACACUAACCUAUAUGACUACUUCUUUCUGAAACAACAGAUUUAGAUUUAAUUUUAAUAAUAAGAAGAAAAUGGCCGACAACAUGGUUGUCUCGUUCAGAAGUAACAUCCAGAGGAGACGCUUCGAAGCCCUUCGUCAACGUGAAAUGACGCUUCACAUCGUCCCUGAUAGCCACACCAUGGUAGCUCUAGGUAUCUCCGAAAGUGUCAGGUUCUUGAUCCACCAAAUAGGCUGGGAGAGUUUUGCCUUUUCCAACCUUCCAAUUUACCGUAACCUGACUUUAGAGUUCUUAAGCUCAUUCAAGUACGACCCCAUCUAUGGAAAACACCUCCGUCGCGGCCUGGUUAGUUUUAGACUAUUUGGUAAUACUUAUACUUAUAACCACCGUGACAUAGCCGAGUUUCUAGGAGUCCCUAGUGGCCUUGAUGCCAUUACCAGAGUCCAGAAUGAUAGCUUUAUGGAAGGGGAACUUGAACGUUAUUGGGGAAUUAUAACAGGAAACCCUAACGCUGCUCCAAAUGAAAGAUUCAGUUCUGAAAUCCACAACCCAGCGUUUCGGUAUUUUCACAUGAUCAUAGCCCAUACUUUCUUUGGGAAAGCGAUGAACAACACAACAGUAUCUCAAGCUGAACUCUUUAUGAUGUUUUGUGUUUAUCAAAACCGUCCGAUCAAUGCCGCGACGUUCCUCCUCACCAACUUUGUCCGAAUUAUUGAGGAACCUACUCACCCAAUCAGUAUUGGCGGCUUUGUCACUUUCCUAGCUAGGGCUAUAGGACUUCAUACCCCCCUGUCCAAAAUUGUUCCUUUGGGGGGAAUGCAACCUAUGGAUCUAAACCUCUGCUUCAACUACCACAUGAUAGAGAAUCUAGGACCUAAUGAGUUUCAGUUGCUUAUCAACCUCGUGCCAGUUCACCAUUUCACCCUGCCCAAUAGUGUCAGGAUUAGUAUUCAUGACAAAGAUAACUGGCUUUAUGAUUUAGAAGGCCAAGACGAGUCUGACCCUGAAACUCCUCCACUCUAUCAUUACACCCUUGGGCCUCCAUCCCCUCCUCAUCCAGCGGCCUCUUCAACUGUUCCACCGACUCCGGCUGACCAUGGUGCUACCAUCGCUACUCUGCAAACCGAGAUCGCUACUCUUCGCACAGACUUCCAUAACUUUAUGGAUCUCGUCAUUGCACAACUCAACCGUUUGACGCAAGACAUCCUUAGCUUACGACGACGUUUUCCUCCUGCGGAUGCACCUCCAAGUGGCUGAUCAAGCAUAUUUACAAAAAAAAAUAAAAAUUUAUUUUCGCUAGAACUUUGCAUCACAUGAACAUCCGACUUUGCAUCACUUUCUAAUUACAAAUAAUUAUUUUCGUUCAGCAUGAAAAUUUAUCGUUAUAUUUAUGCCAGUUCUAAUAUUUUCUCGUUAUAAAUAUAUUUUCUCUAUUUUUAGUAUCCAAAUAUUUAUCGACUUAAACGCAAUAUUAGCGCAUCCUUUCUCAGAUUUUUAUCAUUGCAAAUUUAUAGCUUAAUCUUUAAUAACUAUGAUUAUUUAUCUAAUACUGCCUUGGAUUCUUACCUCGUUCAACAACCAUAAUUUACUUUACUAUGUAGACAAAUUUAUUUUGGUCAAAGAACAAUUAUUACUAUGUUUAGUCCAAACAAGAAAAUGCCCAAGCAUCUGACUAGAACCUGCAAAGCUGGCCAAGCCAGAGAUUCCUUAAUGCUUCACGCUAUACCUGCUGUACCCAAAUUAAAAGUACCCUAUUUGCUGGACACCACAUCACAUGCACCAAAGCAUCACAUGCAUGCACUACAUCACACACCACAAGACCACACAUCCCAGCACAUGGCGAACGCCAUGCUCCUUCAAACAACAUGUGGCGGUCGCCACACAACCACAUGGCCCUCGCCAUGCCUUCCCCUCUAUAUAAUUGCAUGUUCUUUGAUUAAUUUAACAAGCCAACAUCGAACCUAUUCAAUUGCACAACACUUUUCACACUUUUCACUAACGCUCCUGCACAACACUUUCUCACUCACAAUCCUCAAUGUCUUACGAAGUAAUUUUUAGGCAAGGGCAUCCAGGUGAAAAUCAAGCCAAACUCUAUAGAAGUUUAAGCCGUAGAGACAUACAACCAACAAGAUAUGCUGAUGAGUCUACCUUGAUAAAACUAAGAUUACUAGAUAGUGUCAAUUACUUGCUAAAUAAUUUAGAUUUAUACUAUUUCCUAUCCCAAAAAAAAUCCUGUUUAUCCUCAACUCACAUUAGAAUUUCUUAGCUCUCUAACUGUUUCUACCAUGCCCGAAUCUCGAAGUUCUAUCGGCACUAUUCAUUUUCGCAUGUUUAAUGAAGAGUAUAAUUAGGAAGAGUAUAAUUAUUCUUCCUAACCCAUCAAGAACCGAUGUACGCAAUUUGCAUAAUUUUUGUUAUAUUGUGGACCCUGCCACUUCGCAAGCCCCCACGCACAUUCCCGAUAAUGUUGCUGCUGGUGGGGGCGCCCCACAUUCUUCUAACUAUUUUGCAGGCAGCUCCUCCUCCUCACGACAAAGUACCAUCGACGAUGUGCUCUUUGAAAUGCAUGCCCAUCAUGCUCGAAAUGAGGAGCGUGAUGGACUUUUUUAUGCUAUGCAUCAACAACAAGAGGAGAUGUCGGAAAGGAUGCAAUUCAUCCAAGCCCGACAAACACAAAUUCUUCAAAAUCAAUACGAGAUGUAGGGCUAUUACAACAAAUGGGAGAGCUCCGAGCAACACCGUCAGCAACAGCUCGACAAUGUUAUACAAGAGCUCGGUGGUUUGAGGCUGCAGUUCGACAACUUCCAGAAUUAUCAACAGCCUCCCCCAUAAUUUUUCAGGUUUUGUGCUCCAUUUCUACUCUUGAUUCGCAACAGUGAGGACACUGUUGGAUUUAAGUUUAGGGGAGCAUUUCACUGCUUUUAUUUAUUUUUCAGUCAUUUCAAUUUAUUUCCCUUUUCGCAUAGUAAAAAAUUAAAUUUAUAGUGUUUUCUUUGGUUUUUUCUAAAUUUUUCCUUUUCUUGAGCCGAUUUAAAAUUUUUCUAAAGAUUUAUUCACUUUGAAAGUAUAUAGGGUAAGAAAGGACGAGAGGCUAAGUUAAGGACAUUAGGUAAUUUUACAACAAAAUCGGUAUUUUUCCAACACCUAGAAGUCUCCCUAGUAUAGAUAUUAAUUUGAAUAACCAUUGUGCCAAAAUCUCCUGAUUUAAAUUUGUGGAUUCCUUUAGUAGUUUAUUUACCAGUCGUACACCAUCUAUAAGUCACACAUUAAGUAGGUCGGUCGAUGAAUAUAAGCGAAUCAUUUAAGCAAAUAAAAGGUCAUACUGUGGUAAUACGGUUAAACCUUGUAAAUAUAUAUAUGUAUAUUUGAAUAUUGCUUGUGAAAGUAAUACGAAAAUUUGCAUCAUCAAGAUAAUUUGCGAGUUGAAAAAAAAAAAGAUGAAUAAAAUCGCUAACCGAUUUUCUUACUAUGUGUGUGACAUAGAUAAAGGGUCUUAAUGUGACUGUCUAGAAUGAAAAAGGAUAAAACAAAGGAGAUGAUCUAGAUUUUAGUACAACGGCAUGAUCCGAAUUCGGUAUGUAUAAGAGGGAGAACUUUGUGUGUCAUUGAAAUACUUUCUUGAUUGAAUAAGCACCUAAUUAAUUAGUCUUAGUUGAUUUGAAUUUCUGACCACGUACGAGUAUUUGUGGUAUUGCUUUUCUAAGUCUACACGUGUGAAUUGCUUAGCAUUUUGAAUGUUUUCUAUAUGCAAGCUAAAUUGCUUGAGGACAAGCAAUGGUUCAAGUUUAGGGGAGUUUGAUAAUACCGAAAAAUGCAUUAUUUAUUUAAUAAAAUUAGCUUAGUAUUUUACUAUUUCUUUGCAUUUUCGUAUUAUUAUUACUAUUAUAUUUUACGUAUUUCAGGAAUGUCCGGAAGCUACCAAAUAAAUUACGCCAAUUAAGAAUUGGACGAUCAGGAAGUAAAAAGGGUGGUGCAGGCAAGCAGAUGAAGCAAUUGGGCCUAAAAGGCAAUGUAGCAGGCCAGCCCACAAGCCAUGGCCCUCGCUCAACAUAUUCUUCUCACCGUAGUAGAUCUAGAGUUGGACUACAUUUGCUCCCAAUAAAUGAUAAAAGAAAUUGGAUUCAUUUCUAACUUUUGUAUAUCAUGUCAGAACUUCAUGCACUUGAACUGGAACUACCAAAUACCUAUGUAUCACAAUCUAAUCUACAUCAAGCUUACCCUGAAGAAAAAUCAUACUGAGAAGUGGAAGCGGUUGCUAGAAGUGCUGAAUCAUUGUCCCAAACUUCAAAAUCUUACCAUUCAUGAGGAUUCUGGGCAUGGAUAUGAAAUUUUGGAUAAUUGGAUGGAUCCAAUGAUUGUUCCGGAAUGCCUUUCAACACAGCUCAGAACAUGCUUGCUUAAAGACUAUAAAAACACGGAAAGUGAGAUUCAAUUUGCAAAAUAUAUUUUGCAGAAUUCGAAAGUGCUAAACACAAUGUCAAUUAAGAGUGACACUUCUCUAGAUCAAAAUGCAAAGUACCAGAUGGUAACAAAAUUAACUUCGUCCAGAAGGGCCUCAACAACAUGCGAACUCUUUUUCUAUUGAUGAUAGUUAGGGCAUAGUUGCAACUUGCAAUGAUUAUUAACGAUUCUGUCAUGAUGGCCUAGGGAAUGAUAAGAUAGUCUUGUCUUAAAUGAAGAGUUAAGAUUGAAACCAUUUCCUCCAGGAAUUGAUUCCAAAGUUAAGUUCCUUCCUUUUGUGCUAAGGUUCCUGCUGGAAUUGAUUUCACUAAAAAAACUCCUCACCAAAUAGAAUGAUAAUUGUAAAUCACUAUGUGCACUAGCUUCCUCUGUUAGUUUUCUGCUUUGUAUCCUUGUGUUGCAGCUCAAUGAGAAAGAAAAGGAGAUUGGUAGCAUUACUUUGAUUUGCAUCAUCAUGUAUAUAGGCAAAUUAUUUUGUCUUAACUACAAUGUUAUGAAAUAUACUAUUUUUCUUGCUAUAUAUUAUAUUUUGCUGCAUUUGUCCCCAGA